CCUUGUCAGUUGUGUUGCGUGGCGGAAGAAAGUUAACAUUUGUUUGUAUGUGCGUACUCGAAUCGAGAAGCAUAAAUAAUUUUAGGAAAUUGGUAAACGUAAACGAGUAGUCAACAAAAGGAUAAUUUUCACAUAAAAAUUUUGUGGUUUAAUUCAGUUUUACGCGUGUGAACGAGGAAAGUGGAAAAAGAAGGGGUGCACGCGGUAUGCAUUUAGGGCACAGGGAGCAUGUAAAUAGCGUAGUGAAAAAUUCAAAUUAAGUGAUUUUCCUGAUUGAAGCAGUUGAUAAUUUCCGCGUUUAAGUCUCUUUGCGCAAUAGAAAGCGGGGCGAAAAUUAGCCGCAGAAAUAAAAAUUUUGAUUGUAACAUUCUUGGUGCUGCCAGUUGAUGUUUUUGUUUAUAUCCCUAAUUGUUUUUUUUUGUGUUUCGUGCUGCUGCUGCUGGUGCUGGUCUCGCUUUCUAAAAAAGCAAUGUGCAAAAUAAAUAAAUAACAAAUGAAUUUAAAUUUUAAUAAAUCCAAAAAAUAAUAAACAGGAUAAGCGCACGCACAACUGCCGGAAUUUUUUUAAACAAAAGACAACAUAAACAACAAAUUUAAGAAGACCAAAAUUCCGAAUUACAAGAGAAAAAAAAUUGUUUUGCAUAUACACAUAUACAUACAAAAACACACGUAAACCGAUAAAGGUAUACCACCAACGCCGCUGUUUCAGAAGAACUAAGGAAAACUUUUAACUACUAAUUAAAAUAUAACUAUGACAUUUGAAUCAUCAUUAGAAAAGUGUUGAAUGCUUUUCAAGGUCUUGAAACGUUUUGCCUACAACUGAACUAAGCGAAUCCGGAGCAAUUUCGGUUUGAAUGAAUAUCGAAGUACCGAAAUAAGUAAAGCAGAAAAAAAUUUUAAGAUACUUUUUCAAAGUCAAGACUUACAGGCAGCCACCAGCAAACAUAACCAACGAACGUUAGUUAGUAAAAUAAUAGUAAACAACAACUGAAGGAAUCUGAAUCUACAAAUCCACCAUCAACACCACUUACUUUUAAAAGUAUUUUUUUUUGGCAUUUUACCCAUUGACGAAAGGACCAACUUAAACUUUUUCUUCUAUUAAAUUUGGAUUGGAUUUGAAUUGGUUUUUAUUUUACUUUAGUUUUUUUAUGCAUUUGAAGAUGUGAGAAGAAAUCAAGCGACUAAAUUUGUAUAAUAUUGACAAGAGAUAAAUGUCAACAGCUCUACGACAACAGUACGGAUACCAUCUUCAAUUCCCACAACUACUAUAAUAAUACAGGAAGAAAAAUCAACAAGAAGACACAAAACCACACUAUCUUUUUCUUUAAACGAAAAGGCUGAGCACAUAUAAAAAGAAUCAAAAACUGUUUGCCAAAAAUACAAGAAAAAAUUCACAUAAAUAUAAGAGAAGUACUUGUAAAGCACAUUUAUUAGAAAAAAAAAAAGAUACAAUCUAUGUUAUUCGCAUCCAACAGAUAUUUUAGCAUUGACUUUUAAAACGAAAAAUGAGCUCCAUUUAAAGGCACUAUUAAAGGCACUGUUAAAAAAAAACUACAAAAAUUGAAAUUAUAUCGAAAGAAAAAAUACCAUCAAUACAAAAUAACAUAAUUUUAAAAGAGCUAAAUUCAACACCCCCUGGAUAACUGGAUUAUUGGACUUAAACUAGUCUAUAACUACAACAACAACAAUAAUAACAACAACAAUUGAAGUCUAUAACAACAAUAUAAUAUGUUGUUCAUAAUAUUAGAAGUGCAACAACAAAACUCAGCUGUUCACAUCAUCUCGUGAUUUAUUCCAUACAGCUUUACUCGUAAUCGUAAUCGUUCUCGUUUUUUUUUUUGUUUUUUGUUUUUUUUUCUCAAAAAAAAAAAAUUAAUUUAAUUUUUAAUUUUAUUCAAUUGUGCACAACAAUUUUAAAAAUUGUUUUUGAAUUUUUUUUGGUUUAUUCGCUUGUUGCCACUUUGCUCAUCGCCAGUGUGUGUUGAUUUUAAAUAAAAUUCAUUCCUUUAAGUUUGUUGGUAAAUUCAAUAAAUUUUUGUGCAUACAGCGCCUAACCGCAAAAAUCAAACUUCACGCUACGUUCUGCCCUGCCUUUAUACAACAAUAACAAAUACAAAAAAUACAAUAACAACAGCAAUAAAGUCAACUAAAUCAGCAACAACGGACAACUCAAUAGCACAACAACAAACAAUUUAAAUUGCUAAAAUUGUAUUUUACUUGUUGUGGGUAAAGGUUUACGAAACGAAAAAAGGAACACGAAUAACAAACUGUAAACUAAUAAAAAGUAUCUCAUAAUACGACGCUAAGCAUAUCCUACAUACAUAUACAUAAAUGCACCUACACACAUUUAUAUAGAUAUUUAUAUUUCAUAUACAUAGAAAAGCACAUAAGUUGUUAAAGUUUUAAAUUGAAUAAAAGGAACAGCCAAUAAGUCAACAAGCCAUCAAGCCAUCAAGCAAACAAUCAACCAACCAACCAAACCAACCAACCAACAAACAGUAUGUCAACAUUGAGCCUGACACGUAAAUUACGGGGACGUCUGCGUUCCAACACAUGCCGUAUCGUGCUGCUAACCUCCCUGGUUUGGGUGGUAGUGGAUUUCGUUCUAAUAGCACACUAUUCAGACUGCAUCGGCAAAGAUGGGUGGCGUUGUAAACGCAGAGGGGAGUACGAUGUUGAGUUGCCUAACGCACAGAAACUGGUCGACGAAAAUUUAGUGGACGAUAAUGAAAUUAAUACAGAGAAAAGUUUGGAUGUUGAUGUACGCGGAAUACUUGGUGGGGGCAGUGAUAGUGAAAAUGUCAUUGGUGGGCAAGGAUUUGCGCCCGGUGGCAUAUCAAUGACAUAUCGAAGUAUAACCCUAAAAAAAUGGUUCGCAGCACCAACAGUGCGAGAAGCAAAAGGGAAACCUGGUGAAAUGGGUAAGCCAGUCAAAAUUCCUGCCGAGAUGAAAGAUCUUAUGAAGGAGAAAUUCAAAGAGAAUCAAUUUAAUUUACUGGCUAGUGAUAUGAUCUCAUUAAAUCGCUCACUAACAGAUGUGCGACAUGAAAAUUGUAGAAAAAAGUCAUAUCCCUCCAAGUUGCCAACUACGUCAAUUGUGAUAGUAUUCCAUAAUGAAGCAUGGACAACAUUGUUACGGACAGUGUGGAGUGUAAUUAAUCGUUCGCCACGUUCGCUGUUAAAAGAAAUUAUUUUAGUUGAUGAUAAAAGCGAAAGAGAUUAUCUCGGCAAGAAACUGGAAGAUUACGUAGCUACAUUACCUAUCCAUACUUUCGUGCUGAGGACCGCUAAGCGUUCGGGCUUAAUACGUGCACGGCUACUUGGUGCUGAACAUGUAACGGUAAAUAUUUAGAGAACUGAAGCACUGACAAUUCAAAGUCUGAAUUUAUUUCAUUCUUAAAAUUGUGAUUACAUACGAC